ACUCAAUCCUUUGCCCACUCGGGAAAUCUUCGCAGGCAUGAACGCACGCAUACAGGCGAGAAGUCGUUUAAAUACGAAAUAUGUGGUCAUUCAUUCCCGACGUGGAUUGGUACUGCCUCCACACAAACGGGAAAGCACGAAGAUAUCAACGGUGUCUACGGCCACGUAAACCACGGCAUGAAAACAUCAGGGGAACGAAGCCACAAGUGCGAAAUAUGCGGUAAUUUAUUUAAACAGAAGCAGCAUCUCGCGACACAUCGCCGUGUGCAUACGGGCGACAAGCCUUAUCAUUGCAGCGUAUGUGGUAAAUCAUUUUCAAGAAAGGAUAACCUUGAUGUACAUCGCCGCACUCACACAGGCAACACGCCCUAUAAUUGCGACUUAUGUGAUAAAUCAUUUUCGGUAAAGGGUAGUCUCGAUGCACAUCGCCGUACUCACACAGGCGAGAAGCCCUUGAAGUGCACGAUAUGCGCAAAAUCCUUCACACAGCAAGGACAUCUUCGUGUACAUGAACGUACUCAUACGGGCGAGAGGGCCUAUAAAUGCACGAUGUGUCAGCACUCGUCAACCACAUUGUCAGAUCUUAAAAAGCAUCAACGCACGCACAGAAACAAGAAACCGUGA